AUGGCGACCCUCUCGUCCGCUCCGGCGCCAAAAGAUGCGGCCGUCACUCAGCUGCAACCGCCGCGGCCCCCGUCGAAACAGCCUACACCACAGCUGCCGCACGACCUUGCUCUCCAGAUCGACCAAAUCCUGUCCAAGCCCUCGGCGCAGCAGACAUCGUCAUCAACACACUCGCUGUCCUCCUCUUUCAGCUUGUCGGACCGUUCUUCACUCGCAGCCCAGCUCGACUCGCUGCUUGCCCAGUCGCUCCCCAAGGAUGAACCCAUCAGUCUGGCUGCCAUCGACCGUGUACAGGCCGUGCUUCGACUGCAGAUCCAGGCAUGUCGAGACCGCAUCGCUCAGCUCACCGCCGAGCUCGAGUCCGAAAUCGACCAAGACCGCAUGUCUCACGUUCAAGACGCCAUCGCCGCCCUCCUCGAGCAGCUCCUCCUCAUCCGCGAAAAGGCGCGCGAGUCCGAAAACGUCGUCAAGGAGAUCACUCGCGACAUUCGCAACCUCGACAUUGCAAAGCGCAACGUCGUCUCCAGCAUGACCGCACUCAAGCGCCUCCAGAUGCUCGUCAACGGCGUCGACCAGCUCCAGCGUCUCGCCGAGUCCAAACGCUACCGCGAGGCCGCAUCCUCCCUCCAGGCCGUCCGCUCCCUCCUCGACUUCUUCCAGGCAUACCGCGGCGUGGAACGCAUCGCUGCCGCCUACAAACAGGUCAACGAGCUCCAGUCCACCCUCCGCACAAACAUCACAAAGGACUACGAAACCUUCUUCCUCCACGAUCCCAACCGCCCCGUCCGCUCCACCAGCCUGCCCGAAUCGGCGCUCGUCAUCGAUGCCAUCGGCCCGGACGCCAAGGCUUCGCUCAUCGACUGGUACUGCUCGCUUCAGCUCCGCGAGUAUCGUCGCAUCUUUCGCGCCACCGACGAGGCCGGUCAGCUCGACAACGUCUCGCGACGCUUCGCCUGGUUCCGCCGCAUCCUCAAGAUCCACGAAGACGAGCACGCACCCGCCUUCCUCGACCACUGGCAUGCAGAGAGGUGGCUCAUCCGCAAGUUUGCAGACGUCACAAAGGAGGACCUCCGCAGCGUUCUCAUCCGCGAACAGUCCCGCCUCAACGUCGCAACCCUCAUGGAGGCGCUCAACUCGACGCUCGAAUUCGAGGCCGCCAUGGCGCGCAAGUACAACAUGCCCUUCGAAGAGCUCAUCGCGCCCCCUCCUGCCUCGACCGGUGCCGGCUCGCAGCCGCAGUCCCAGCCGCAGCCGCAGGUGCAGACGUUGUCCGCCAUCUUUGACCCCUACCUCGGCGUCUUUGUCGACGCCCAAGACCGCGCCCUCUCCGAAAUGUUUGUCCAGUACCGACGCCAGGGCGCUCGCAUCUCCCACGAUGGCUUCGGACCCGAUGCCAACCAAGCCGCUGGGGGCUUUGGCACAGAUGGCGUCUUUGACCCUUCCAGAUCUUCCGACCCUACCGCUGCCAGCUCCAGCGCUAGCACCACCGUGCUGCCCUCGUCCACCGAGCUCUUCUACUUUUACCGCCAGACGCUCGAACAGUGUGCUAGGCUGUCGAAUCGGGAGCCGCUUCGCGACUUGUACCAAGUCUACCGCAAGUGGCUACGCGUGUACGCCGAAGACGUGCUGCGCUCAGCUCUGCUGCGGCCCGAGCCGGCGCGCCGCUCCAUCGACGUGCGGCCCAACAUCGCCGAAAUUCAAAAAUGGUGCCUCGUGCUCAACACCGCCGAUUACUGUGCCACCACGGCCGGCCAGCUCGAAGACAAGCUGCGCGAAAAGAUUCACGCCGACUUCAAGGAUACCGUCAGUCUGGACGACGAGCGCAGCAUCUUCAACACGCUUGUCGCGUAUGCGGUCCAGACGCUCGCUAGGGAGCUCGAGCUGUGUUCCGAGCCCAUCUGGAACUCGAUGCUGCGACCCGCGGUGCCGUGGAAUCAGCUGCAAACCAGGACAGACCGGGCGCACGACGCCGGCGCCGCUUCCCCCAAUUCGCAGUAUGUGACCGACUUGGCGAGCCUGCUCGAGCAGAUCGGCGUCGUGGUGCGUCAGGAUGUCGAGAACAAGCGGUACGUGCGCAGCUGGUGCGACAAGGUCGUCAGCGUCGUCACCACUCGCUUCCUGCAGGCCUUGGUGAGGCUGCGUCCAUUGUCGCAACCGAUGGCAGACCAGCUCCUGGCCGACGCCAGUGCACUCCGCAAGAGUCUCAUCGAUCUUCCUCGGUACCCGAUUGAUGAGCUUGGUGUGGGGACCGACGGCAGUGUCGGAGCGACCGAGGCGAAUCUGUCGCACUGGACGCCUAAGCUGUCGCCCGAGCAGGCGGCGUUGUCGAGCCAAGCGGCUUCGUACGUGCGCUACGUCCACCGCCUCACGGAGCGCAUCGACGUUCUUCUCCGGGUUGUCCUUGCGCCCAUCGAACCCUCCGAUAAUCAGGGCGAUUCACAGCGCGACCUCAUCCACACGUACGUUGCGCUGGUGGCCGACCGAUCGUUUGCCAACUUUCAAAAGGUGCUCGAACUCAAGGGCGUGCGCAAGCUCGACCAGAAUGCGCUCAUCGACCGCUUCCUCUCGUCCACCUCGGCACACGAGGCCGAGGCGGCAGAGGGCGCGAGGCAGUUGGCGGACCAGAGCUUCUUGAGCCAGCUCGACAUGGAUCCGCCCACUCAGCCCGUGCUGUCGUCGCCUUUUACGCCGGCUACACCCUCGUUCCUCGACACGAAUGCGAGGACCGAGCAGAAUCCACAGCGAUCCACAUCGCUCUUUGCUCCAGAUAGCUUGCGCAGUCCCACAGUGGGCUCGGCCGCGACGUUUGAGAGUCAGUCUCAGCCGGGUGGCGCGGGCAGAGCCUUCUCGGACCUCCGCAAGUUUGGUAACUUCUUCGGCGCGUUGGGCCGCAAGGACUCCAAGCAGUAG